AUGCUCUUCAUUACUGUCGUUUUUGCAGCGUUUUUUGCUUUAACUUUUGCUGAAGCUCCUCGCGCGACGGGGCUUCGACCCAAAGGCCGGCCAAAUGAUAUUCGGAGAGCCCCACCAAACCUAAACUAUGACAAGGAUCUGCUCGAAAAUCCCGAUCUCCCUCGAGCUAAGGGCUUCCGGAAAGCGUCCGCGCGGCCCGUCGUGUUUCAGACACCGACAAAUCGACCACGGCCGCGCCAAAACCUUGCCCCUCCAAGGCAAAUGAGGCCGCAGCCUGGGUUUCCGGCUAUGAUGGGCGUGCGGAUGGCGCCGCAGCAAGUUCGAGGACAACCAACUGCCCCGGCACAUCAGAUCCCCGUGUUCGUCCCAAUGCUUCCAAUGCCGAUGCCAUCCCAAGUGGCCACCCAGGCUUCUCACUUGGAGCCGAUGGCGCUAUCGGAAGUCUCGACCCAUAGGAUACCCACGCUUCAGGACCUCGGAUUCGCGACAAUAGCUCUUCCUACCUUGCCGCCACUCACGAUGCCCCCUUCGUUCCAACGUCUCAUGGGCAUCACCACGACAUCGAAACCAAAACCACAGGGCAACAGCAUCGUGAUGACGCCAGACGAGUAUGAGAAGCUACGAUCAGGAGCUUAUGGAACAAAGACAUCGACAGAUGAUGAAGACACCUCGUCGGCGGGGAGAUCUCCACCAGCCAAAUUGCGAUCAGUGGCCGAGCGAUUGCCCGAUACUCCAUCAAGUCGAGGUUCAGCCGAGACCCCUGAAACUGACGCCGACUGGAUGGUUCCGCUU